AUGUCUACAAAUAAAGAACAAUAUGAAAAUAAUAAUAAAGAAGAAGAAGAUUUAUUUAGCAAGAUCAUUGGAUCAGCAACACUCAGAACUAUAAUAUUCAAUCAUGUUAGAGAGAUUAGAAUGUUGGAUGCACGAUUGUACAAGAUACCAGGAACAAAGUACACUGUCGAACUUGGUCAACUAAAUCAACAUCACAGAUUCAUCGAAAGAAAACAAGCCGUAACUCAACCGGACACUCUUGAUAAAGAUCCAAUCAAGUUGUUGGAAAAAAUCAAAGAGACUGAUCUGCUAUACACCGAGGAUCUCAAUGAAGCUUUUGAUAAAAUUCACUUGAAAGAAGCAAACAAAGACGAUGAUGACGAUGGCGAUCAAGUCGGCCACCAAGCAAACUUUGGGCAGUUGGUGAGGGAACUUCCAACCGAGAAUCUCAGGACCAUCGCUAAAAUGUUGGCAAUUGAUAUCCAAGGAUGUUUCGAUAAAAAAAAUGUAAUUCAAAAGAGUAGGUAUCGAAAUAUUUAUAGCAAUCAUAAUACGUUGACGAAUAUUAACAAUAACUAUUAUUAUUAUUACUAUUACUAUUAUUGUUGCUACCCUUAUCACGCAGAGAUCACCAAUACAAUCAAACAAUUGAAAUCAAAGAAUAUGAUUUUCAAAAUGUACAAUGAUGAUGGAGAUGUCGAUGAAUCACAAUACAGUGAGGCUGAUAGAGUUAAAAUAUCUCGAUGGUAUCAAUGUAUGUGCGAUAACGACGGGUAUCAUGAUGUUUGGUUCAUGACUCCAUUGCAAGCAUUCAAAGAAAUGGGUGAUCCAAAGGAACUUGAAGAGAUGAUAGAAUCAGACUUGGAGGAAAGUGAUGAUGGUGACUAUGACGAUGACGAGGAAGAUGAUAAUGAUAAAGUUCCAUGUCCUAUUCAGUGA